UGGGAACAGUGCAAUGUUUUUAUUUACAAAUUCAACUAAUUCAUUCAUCAGAUGAGAGUUUUUCUCUGAAAAAUGCAUUUUAUGAGCAUAUUUUGUGCAUAUCUGUGUAUUCUCUUCUGUAAGGGUAUCCAUGGCUACCUCAAUGUGUACAUGAAUGUCCAGGAAGGGCAGAAAUUACUCGGCCUUUCAGCUGAACUCUAUUACAUUCGUGCAGGUGUCGUGAACACCAAUGCUCUGGAUUAUGUGAUUGACAUCCCUAGUCGUGUGAAUAGCAUUGCAAUUAAUUGGCAGAGUCUCAUAGGACGUCCGAUUUCCUACGGGAUCAGUGUUUCAAAUGCCCUUCCUUCGGCAAUAUCUGUAAAUCUCAACAUAACCAAGAGUGGCUACAUCCCAACCGAUGUGGAAGCUUUCCAGCUACAGCUGCUCUGUCGGGAGGGAAUAAGUGUUGAAGCUGAUGUGAAUAUCACCAUACAGGUUACACUGAACAGAGCUCUGAACAAUGUUACGGAAUUCACGUUGAAACGAAGGAAAGUUUGCUACGCCCCCGUGGAGAAGGAAGAGGAUCUCUUUGUGAGCAACUCUGUCGUUCCGGAGAGGAGUGAACAUGGCAUUUUAGCCAUCUGCGUGGGUUCCGUGCUAUCUCUCAUGAUUGCCACAACCCUUCUGUGCAUUGCUCUGUGCUUCCGGAACUCCCUGGCGUACCAGAAGUCAACAUUUAGGAAGAUUGAAGUGAUGCAGGAGAUGCCAAAAGCACCAAAAGUCAUUCCAGCAGCUGCCAAAAAUCCUCCCACUUCAGAACCCCAAGAGCUCCAUCGGAGGAUUUCUGAGUUGACGGUACAGCGAUGCAGGGUGCGCCUAUCGAGUCUCCUACAGGAGGGAACGUAUGGGAAAGUCUACCGGGGCACGUACAAUGAUACAGAUGAGGUUCUGGUGAAGACUGUGGGACAGCAUGCAAGUCAAGUGCAGGUAUCGCUUCUCCUUCAGGAGGGCAUGAGCUUGUACGGAGCAUCCCAUGCGGGAAUUCUCUCCGUUCUCGGGGUAUCCAUUGAGGAUCACACAGCACCCUUCCUGCUCUAUCCAGCACCUGACAACACGCGCAAUUUGAAACUCUUCCUGCAAACACCCCUCGCAAGGACUCUCACAACAAUUCAGAUUGUUCGGAUGUCCACGCAAAUUGCCCUGGCGCUCUCUCAUCUUCACAGCCACGGUGUCAUCCACAAAGACGUAGCUACGAGGAAUUGUGUGAUCAAUGAUGAACUGAGGAUCAAACUAGCGGACAAUUCGCUCUCGCGGGAUCUCUUUCCAGCGGACUACCACUGCCUGGGCGAUGGAGAGAAUCGCCCCAUCAAAUGGUUCGCUCUCGAGGCACUGCAGGAGAAAAUAUUCUCCGAAGCAUCAGAUACGUGGGCUUUUGGGGUGUUCAUGUGGGAACUGUGCACACUGGCAAAGCAGCCAUACGCUGAGGUGGAUUGCUUCGAAAUGGAGCACUACCUGCGCGACGGGUACAGACUCUCGCAACCGCUCAAUUGCCCCGACGAGCUAUUUGCCAUAAUGGCAUACUGCUGGGCUCUUCUUCCGCACGAGAGGCCCACAUUUGACCAACUGGACGUCUGUCUGCAAGACUUCUAUUCCCAAAUUACAAAAUACGUGUGAUUUGAGCCCCACCAACUCCAUCGAGUAUUAGCAGAAUUUCUCUCAAGGCUGACCGUACAACCCGUAACAUGUGUUUGUGAUGUGCUUCUUCUUUGUGUGUAUUGUGUCCAUUUAUAGAAUUAAUCUCUCCCUCUCGAAAGGACCUGAAAAUCCUCUUUUCUCGGAAAAAUAAAUGUACAAGAUUUUUAAAAA